AUGUCUCUGUGGACGCCAUACGCUGAAGAAACCGCUCUCGAUCUGAGCACCAAAUACCCCAGUGACGUCACGAUCCCCGAGUACGUGUACCCAAGUGUUAACUAUGUGAGCUAUCCCGUGUAUGUGCCGGCGCCGGAUGCAUCGCCUCUAAGCAGCUGCUCAGGGUAUGUUCCGCAGCCGAGCGGCAGUCCUCAUCAUCGCUCGGGGCUGAUCUCGCCGCCUGAGUCACCGCGUUCGGCGGACAGAAAGAGGCCCAGCUACAUGAUCGAUGUGGACUCGCUCUCCGACGACCCAGACUUCCAGGCAUUUGAACGGGACGCCUUACGCGCUAUGGCUGAGAAAAACGGCGGCACCCUCCUAGGGAACAAUCCUCGCAUGCGACGCGCCGUGCACUCAACUCACACGGCCGACGAUUCCUACAGGAGGCAGCGGGAGAGGAACAACCACGCGGCCAAACAGAGCAGAGACCGGAGGAAGCUCCGGGAGAUACACCUGGCGCUCAAAGUGACGUAUCUGAAGAACGAAGUCUCCAGAUUGAAGAGCCAGCUGGCGACGAAGGCCUGUAUCAGAUGCCACCAGUCCUGCAUCUGUUAG